CAAUCAUCCAACAUGGCUUCCCCUUUCGCUAAUGUCGACGAGUUUUAUGCGCCUAAUGUGUUGGAUCUCUUAGCAAUGUUCUUUAUUUUACUAUGGAUAGUGUUGGCAUUAUUUCAGUUAAUAUCUAUAGCUACUGGGUAAGUAGUUUGGCGUUAAGUAGUCGUAAAAUGUUUGUUGUUCGCUUUUCAUUAAUUUCAUGGCUUUGCGUUUCUUUCUAAGCAACUGAUAUGCAAACGUGUACUCUGAAAUAACAAUCUCCUCUAUUGUCAUUGUUUUCUUUGUUUAGAAAAAUUUACCUCCACAAGUCGGUCGCCGUUGCUAACAAUAAAGAUUUACCGGGAGUUUCAAUUUUGAAGGUUAGAGCUUGUUUAAAAAUGCAUGUUUACGAUCGGGCUGCCUAAUUUAAUCCUAAAUUGUGACAAUGCUUCCCCUACAGGGCUUGUUUAAUUUGGUAUUGUCAUUUUGUAAUUUUGCAAGUUGGUGCUUGAGAACUAUUCAUCUCAUUCAGCUUUCUUUCUUUCUUUCUUAAUUUUCAGCCGCUAGUUGGGGAAGAACCGAAUCUUAUAAAAAAUCUCCAAACAUUUUUUGAACUAAAUUACCCUAAGGUAAGAACGUUUUCUCUAUAUAUCGUUAUCAUUCGCUUAUAAUUUUUCCCAUCCUUGUUAAGCAGCGAAAUGACAUAAGGUCACACCUUCCUUUUCCUUUUUUUUUCCUGUUCUCCUAUAUUUUUACGGAAUCUCAUUUUUAUGCAGUAGAAUCGAAAUUGUGGUAAACAUUUUAGCGUAUGCUACGUCAAGCGUGAAUUACGCUAAAUUCUUUAUACAAUUUUGAAGUAAGCAAUUUGCAGUUAAGCUUGAGUUUAAAUCCCGAUGGACGAAUGAAUUGUUUUUUUUUCAGUUUGAAAUUCUUUUCUGCGUACAAGAUGAACUAGACCCAGCUGUGAAAAUUGUCCGUCAGCUGAUGGAGGCGUACCCUUUAGUGAAUUCAAGGCUGUUCACAGGUGGGUCGUUAGUAAUAAUUUUAUUGCAGAAGACAUAACACCUAUUGGAGCUAGUAGAAUCGGCCACAACCACAAAGUUAACAGAGUUUUAAAACACUCAAUUCUUAAAGUAUGCAUGUGUAUAUUUUUAAAACUCCCUCGGGUAAAUCGGAAUUUCAUUCAUUCUUAAACAAAUACUUCAAUAUGCUGACUAAAAACAAGACGGAUAUUUAAAUGAUAGUAGUAAAUUAUAUGCUAGCAUAUGGAAGCAAUUUCUAGCAAUAUUAUUUUAUAUGUAAAAGCAUUAAUUUAUCUAUUUUAAAUCCAUGGAAAUUACAGCUUUUGUUGCAGAGAUAGUUAUUUUGUUCAUCUUUGUGACAGUUUAUGUAAUAUUCACAAGCAAUAAUUUACUGGGUGCCAAUUCUCCAACUUCUUUUUAUCGUAAAUGUGAACAAUCUAGCUGUUGGUUUUAUUUUUCACAACAGUUAUGUCUGCCGUUGGAUUACUUUGUAGAUACCUUAGUAACUGCUGAUGGUAUUAAUAAAACCACACAGUGAGAAAAAUAUGAAAAUAACAUUGAAUUUUAAUUCUAAUAACAUUUUAUUUUUAUUUUGAUAUAAGUAGAGCUUACAAGGAAGGAAAUGUAUUUUAUUUUUAUAAAUAAGUGGAUCAGUUUGUGUGUAGGGAUUAUCUUUCAUGUUGUAACAGAUGGUAGAUUGAUACAAAUUAUGCAAAUUUUACUCAGUUCUCAAAAAUUACCAUUUGAAUCAUUGCUUACCAUGCUUUGUUUGUGUGGUUUACUGUUCCAUUUGUAGAAAACUGUCUUUGUGAGUGAUGAAAAUAGAAACUUUCACAUGUUACUACCAUGUUCUUUGUGUUUGUUCUUCAGCCUGAACUUACUUGGGGCAUUUGUUAUUCUUGAAAGCAGUACAUAGUUACACUCUUUUUCAAAUAAUACCAUAUAUCAGUUUUAUAUAUUUUAAAUGUCCUUAAGUUUUCUUUUAAUGAAAUUAGCACAGACUAUGCAAAGCUAAUACAUCUUGUGUUUCAGUUUUAUCUUUGGCUUGAAUUUAAUUUUCCUUUGUUCUUUGGUAUGGUUACAUAAUUAUGAAAAUGAAUUUGACAAAGAAAAAAGAAAACAAAAUUUGAACCAAGGACAAGGAAUUGAACCAUAACACAUCCAUGUCUAAUGUAGAGUUAACAUAUUAUGGACAUGUAUUCUGGGUGGUAAUCAGUUGACAAAUUAGAGGAUAGAAAGUAAUGGCAAUGAAGUUUGAAACAGCAUGAAUUUACUUUUUAAGUGACAUUUUCCCUGCUUUCACCCUUGUUGUUGUGUAAGCUCCCUAAUGAAGCUAAUGAAUAUGUGGCAUGCAUCCAACUUAUGGUUAUGAAAUCUUCUCUUGAAAUGAAACACUUUUUUUUUUUUGCAUACAAUCAUGCAAGGGGACAUGUAUAUUAUUUUAAACACACUUUUUCUUUUUUCUUUCUUUUUUUUUUUGAAACAUGAAAUUUGAACAUCUAACCAGAGGUGGUCUAAUUUUAAAAUUGCCUUAUAUAUAUUCUAUAUUUAUAACUUGUUUAUGUUUAGUAUACUUUUUGGCAUUGAAAACCAAUCAGGGUUCUUGAUUUUAAGUAGGCAGCUUUAUUUUUGGGCCAGAUAACUGAUUUUGCCAUCUUUCACUAAAUAAUGAGAGGAAGAGCUCUGUAGCGAAACCAGCCCAAACCGUGAAGUACUUCGUAGUGAUUUUCGUCAGCUGCCAGCUACUUUUGACAACUGUGUUUAUCAAUGCAACAACAUUCUUAUAGUUUAAGUAGGGCAACUAGUAGAUCUGGACAUUUUUCAACUUCUUUAUUGAUAAGGAGACAAUGGUUUUUCAAUAAGCAAUGACAGCAAACAAAAAGUGUUGGCUAUUUUGCUCAGAGAAGGUAGCUGCUUUUUUCCUUUCAUAAGGUGACUAAUAAAAGACACUUUCAAUUUUUUUUUGGAUACUGUCGGUUAGUCUACUGAAACGAUCUGCCUGCUUUAAAAUUUUAUUGAAACCCUUGAUAUAAUUACAGUAAGUAGUGUAAAAAGUAAUUAAAAGAUUGUGUGCAUAGGGACCGUAAUGUGUUGCUUGAUUUACAAUCAAAUAUAAGGCAGCUUGACAGGAGUGUCAGAUUAGUCACGUAAAACCUUUUUCCCAUCUGUGAUGUAGCUGAGCUCAGCUGGCUGCUGGGGAAUUUCACCAGCUCUAAAUGAGCUACAUUUGGCUUAGCCUGAUUCUCAGACGUCCGAGGUCGUUUGCUGCCCCUUUGGGACAGAGCUGACCUCUGACGUCUGAGAAUCAGGCUACUUUUGGCUCACAUUGCCAGAAAACUAAGAGACAUGGGGUAAUUUUGAAGGUGCAGUUUAGUCAAAAUCCAGCAGAGCUAAUAAAUAAGCCUGCCUAGCUGUUCCUUAGGGACAUACUAUUGUGCCUUUUUUCCACUAAAAAGGGCAAAUUAAUGCUCAAUGGAUAGCAAUGACUUAUUAAAAGAGGGACACAAUUUUGGUGAUUUCUUCCACACUGAAAGUUGUUCCUUGUAAUGUGCGGGGAUUUAUUAUUUGAGUAGGAAAGUUAAAAUAAAUAUGGUAUUACCAGUGAUAUUAUUAAUAGAUAAGUUAUUAAAACAUCAGGAUACAUCGGCGUGCAAAGAAAGUAGUGUCCGAUAGCCCAGGGCCAGUGGAUUUUGCUAUCAGGCUAGUGAAUUCUGCUCUUAGCUUGCCCGAUGGGCAAGUGAAGUAUUUUGAGGAAUUCAACUUACAGAAGAACUGUGAAAUCAAUUCUGCUCAUCAAAAAAUUUUGGGGGCUAGUUGAAAUGACGAUUGGGCUAGUAAAUGGUGGCUUCAGCUUGCCUGAAUGGCAAGCUGUAAAAAUGACUUUCUUUGCACCCUGAUACAUCUACAUUUAUAGAAUUUUCCCUGGAGUGUUUCCUAUCUAACUGAAUAAGUUCUAAGAAACUGGUUGAGAGCCAAAAGUAAAACUGAUACACAGUACCAAAUAUAUGCUUGCUCUUAAAUUUUAACGCUAUAAUCAAUUGUUUUUUUUUUCCUUUGACAGCUGCUAAGACAAUUGGAGUAAAUCCAAAGAUAAAUAACAUGAACCAAGGUUACAAAGCAGCAAAAUAUAACCUUCUGUGGAUUUGUGACAGUAAUAUUAGAGGUAAUAUUAUUAUGUGAACUAGAUUACAAUCAAACCUCCUAUGUGCAACCCCUCCGAGUGUCAAGACUCAGCAGUUAUUUACAUUACGUAAUCAGGAGGUGCUCAAUAACAAGAGUUUGGCCAUAAGGGAGAACAGGACUAUUUUAUCAAAAAUAAUAUUUAUUAUUGCAAGUUCCUCUUGUCACCUGCAAUCCUAAUCUCCAGGUUGUUAUUAUGCAUGCGUCACAUGUAUGUAUUCAGCAUUCGUUUGGACUUCCACUAAGAAUGAAUGGAAGGCAAAAAACGCAAUUUGAUUGCGUGUGUUUCGACCUUCUACCCCUCGUAAUCUGAUCACGUGGGUUUUGACCAUCUGUCACACAGGGUUUGAGCCAGGCUGCACCAUUGCGCCAAUCCCGCACUGCAAUUGAAAUUGUCCCUUAAAAAACGGCCAAGGGGACAAUUUGUCCCCUUCAAAAUUUAGGGAAAAAACUCAAAAGCUUGAAAACUUGUUUGCGAGAUCACACAUGGUUGUGCUAUGGAAAGGAGGCGUACGUCUACCAGUAAUUAAGAAAGGAAUUGAAGUUUACAAGGGGAUGCCGGGACGAGAUUUUGCUGUGAAAUGUGUUGAAGUAUAAAGCAUAGUCAUUGAUCCUCUGUUUAAAUAUGACGGGGAAAAAAGUCUCGACACCAAUAACUUAACUUUUCUUGUUUGUAUCACUUUUCUUGUAUUACAAGGGUCAGGAAAAAAAAAUGUUUUUGUUGGCUUGCCAGUAUGAUUGUAAAAAAAAAUGUUGAAUAAAAAUUAAUUUGUCUGUCCCCCUGAAAAUAAAAAUGUCCCCCAAAAUUUUAGCCAAGGGGACAAAUUAUCCCCCAGUGAUCAAAUUCUAGCUCAAACCCUGGUCACAUGAAACUUACACAGAGCACAGUGUUGGAGCAAAAGUGUUUGGACCUUCGAUCAUUGUCGCCUGCACUCCUUAACCUUUGGUUAUUACGGGUAUUGGUUUCAUAGAGACAUUAUUGUGAGCAAUUUCUUAGUUACACUACAAGCAGUGCAUGCCAUCAAUAAAACUGCCUUGUAUACCGUAUUUAUUCGAUUAACCGCCCUGGGCGCUUAUUAAAUUUUUGGACCUUGAUAGUGGGCGCUUAUUCGAGGUGGGCGCUUAUUCGAGGCUGGGCGCUUAUUAAAUUUUCGCCAUUCUCAGCAAGUGUAGUAUGUUUAUUUUGCUACAAAAUAAUAAAUGGUAAUAACCAAAAGCGAAGAAGUAACAAAGCAAGGUUUCAGCCCAAUCUGUAAAAUACUCUGGAGAAAACUCCGUCUUCAGGAGGGUCUCUUAUUAUGUCUUAUUUGAGUUUGUGUGGGAGGAAGUGGGGUGGGGUGGGCGCUUAUUCAAGGCUGGGCGCGUAUUAACUUUUUCUGCUUUUGGGAUGGGCGCUUAUUCGAGGUGGGCGCUAAUUCGAGGUUGGGCGCUUAUUCAAAUAAAUACGGUACAUUUAGUUGUCUAGUACAUACAACAGCCUUCUGAUAUCAAGAAAAAAUCUUGUAAUAAAAAAAAAGAAAAAGGCAUUUAGGUAUCAGGGCUUGAGCAUUGUUACAUUGUUUGACUUGUGCUGGUAGAGCAACUUAGCAUGCAUCAAUUGGUCCCUUGGGAGGCAAAAAGAAACAACAACAUCAUCAACCCAAAAAAAUGUCGCAGUCAGCAACAAGUCAAGGUUGCUUGAGGGAGGUUCCAACUAUAGUACUUUAAAGUAAACAUUUUGACAUUUUAGUGUGGUUGCUCGAGGUCAUUACCAUUAUCAUGGUCAGAUUGAUGACUAUUAGUUUCACAAUGAUGUCAAGGCUGCCGCUUAAGAAAAUUUUUUGGCAGCCCCAAAUAAAAAGUCCAGAGCCUGAGUCAUAUUUUUAGUAGCCAAUUGAUCGAUAAACUUAAAUAAGUAAGCAGAUGCUCAAAACUUGAUUCAGGCAUCUCAAAACAUGAUUCGUUCAAGUUUCGAAUUUCUAGCAAAUUGCUUGUUUGUUUACUUUUAUCAGUGGAAAUUUUUUGCUGACGGUCGACAAACACACAUUUUACAUUUUCGUUUCAAAAGCGCAAAAUGCACAGUGAAUUCUGUCAUUCCUUCAUUGAAAGUAGGCAUAGAGGCUACUGCCUUAAGAACUAUAAGUUUUAGGUGCCCUUGCGGGUUCCUUGUUUAAAAUUUUAGUCGCCUGUGAGCAAAUUGUAGAGCCUCUUGCAACUGGGAGCCCAUUAGGCUGCAGCCUUGGAUAUUUUGCCAUUUGUUAAUGUCAAAAAAACAUGGUACGCAUGAUAUGGAUUUUUUGUUCGCCUUUUUGAAUUUCCACUCUCUCUUAAUGCCAUGAUUUUCGGAAUGAUAUUAUUCAGUGCAUUUCCAUUCUGUACUCCACUUCGGUUCCAUUAACAAUGUGAUAAUUACUGUUUAGUCCACCAGGGCACUCUGACAGAGUUAGUAUCACAUAUGGGACCAGGUGUUGGAAUGGUGCAUCAGGUACUAAAAUUAAUAUGAAAUAUUAUUGUAUAGUGACUGCAUUACUCCUGACAGCCAUUCCAGUGUAAACCGAGGCCAAACCAAUCAUCUCAACUACUUUAGUUACAGUGUAUGAUCACAGGUUAAGAAAAAAUAAUCAUCAAAACUCACUGUGUAAGUAAUUAUUUCUUGUCUUUUGUUUUUGUCCUUUGAUCAGAUCCCUUUUGUCACUAACUGCAUGGAUUUUGCUGGUUGUGUAGAUAAGGUGAGAUAGAAAGAAAUAUUCAUGAACUCAGAUUGUGGAACUCUUUUAAUGUAUAUGCUUCAGAUCAAAUUUGAGUUCAGGUUAAUUUUGAUUUAACCUAGAUUGAUUAGAAAUUAAGAGUCAAACUAGGUUAAAAGAUCAGGGUUUGCAUGCACCUCAGGGUUCAGAGUUCACACUCACCUUGAGAGUCCUUAAAAGUCCUUGAAUUUGAAAUACAAGUUCAAGGCCCUUGAAAGUCCAUGAAAAUUGUAGUCGGUGCUGGAAAGUCCUUGAAUUUCAAUGCUAACUUUAUAAUAAUUAUAAAGUUAGCAUUGAAACUCCUUUGGAGUUCUAUUUAAAUUAUUUAAAUAGAACUCCAGAGGAAAAGGAGCUAACACAGAAAUACUUUCGGGAUUAAAUUACUCAUGUUGUGGAAGAACUAAAAAAGACAUAGACCCAAGGCGCUUUUUGCACUGAAUGGUCAGUGGAGUCCCUGAAAAAGGGGAAAUGUGUGAAAAGUCCUUGAAUUUUUUGCUCAAAAAAGGGUACAAACCCUGAAAAAUUUUAACCUGAAAUCAGAUUAAUUUUGACCUCAGGGCUGUCACUAAGGUUUAACAUUGCUGGGUAUAUCCAAUUAGUAGGCGGGGAAUUGAACAGCCAGGAAGUCCCUCUGGUUUCAUUUUCCUUUUGUUCCCUGUGAAAGUAGCCCAGGAUUAUGCUCAUAGUUGCCAGGAGAAAUGCCUGGCCCUGGCCCUAAGUGACAGUGAGGCUGUGACCUGUAAUAUAUGAUGUAGUUAUUAUUAUUAUUUUUUUAUCUCAAGUAAUUUUUAUUAUUUCUACUUUUGUUUCAACUUCCUUAGCAUACAUUACCAUGCCCAAUAACAAAAGAACAAACAAAAAUUACCCAAGAUAAAAAAAAUAACUACUACAUAUACAAUCAUCUGAUUCUCAGCUAACUCUGGCCAUAAAUUAAAAUGCAGUGGCUAUGAGUGACAUAGAACAAGAUAGUUGUGAACAAAUGUCAUGCAGGUUUAUCAAGACUGCUAUGAUAAUAAUCCCAAUGAACAACUCUCAACAGGUAUAUUUUGGAACCCAGCAUGCAUUUGUCUACCUACUUGCUUACAGCCUGGGAACCCUGUGUGCUAAUGGAAUGUCAAGCCUGUACAGUAAACCACUUCUAGAUGAAUUAGGUACAUGGUUUGAUAACUUAUUAACCCUUUAAGCUCCAGUAUCCACAUACAAAUUCUCCAAACUGAUCUCUAUACAUUUUCUUAAACAAUAAGUAGAGAAAAUUUGAUAAUAGAUCAAGGCAUUUUCUCUUGUGUGAUUAUUUUAUUAAUUCUCAUAACUUAUCUCUUAACAGUGUAUGGAUAUUGUUUGGAGAAAUUUGAUCUUGGUAACUAUUGGGACUUAAGGGUUAAGAACAGAAACUAGAGCUUAAUGUGUGCUACUAGUAUCAAUAAUUAUGUAAGGGUCAGAAGUUGAUGUGACUCUUUACCUGUAAUAAAUGCAUGCACUUGCUGUACAAAAAGACGAAAAUUAAAAAAAAAAAAAAAAAGAUACUGCAUGAGGUGUAGCCAAGUGGAGUAUGAAGAUUUUCAAGUUCAUCUGACUACAGCCAAUAGGGAGCUCAAGCAAUGACGACAACGACAGCAGGAAGAACGGCAAUAAACUAACAGGUUUAGAUUGGCAAAAUAACAUUUUUGCACAUGCAUCACACUUUUUUGUACAUUUCUUUGCGUGAACCUUGUUGAUGUACUUAUCUUUGGUUGCACAUUCAUAACAAAAGACUACUAGUAAAUUGGUUAACAUCAUUGAUUUUUUUCUCUGCGUAUUUUGCAUACAGGUGGCCUGGAGGUAUUUUCUUGCUACAUUGCAGAAGAUUAUUUCAUAUCUAAAGCUAUAUUCAAUAGGUUAGUUCACUAUGCUGUUUGUCCAAACUAGUUGCCAAUAAAUAAUAGCCUAAAAGACGUCUAAAGAAUUGCGAUAAUCUAGAGGCUAUUUCUAUUUACAGGGUACAUUCAUAAAUAUAGAAGAGAUUAACAACAAUUUUACAAGACUUAAACUUGAUGCAAAAACAUAUUAAUUUUUUACCAACCCAACAUCACAACAACAGAACAUAAGCAGUGAUUUUGUUACAAAUAGUUACGGUGAAUCCUGAGACUCAUCUUGUGAAAAUCAUGAGUCCCAGUCCAGAACCAAUGAGUCCACGUUAAAAAAAACGAACCCGAAAUUGAAAAUACUUGGGCCUUUAUGUAAACAGACAGUUACACUGUAGUCUGGAGACAGACUCCAAAACUCUGUAUUACAGUAGACUGAAAUUAAAAUUUAGUCCUUCUAUUUUAAUGCACAACAAAGGCUAAAAGAAAUAUGCAGCGUUAAACAACAGCCGUAAUAAAUGCCAUAGAAAUUACGCAAAUAGGCCGGAUAUGUCUUAGUCUGCUACACAGCCGUUUUUAGAGUCGUCACGCAGCGCUCCUCCCCACUGUGGGGAGGAGCGUUGCGUGACGACACUAAAAACGGCUGUGUAGCAUACUAGAUAUGUCUACAAAUACACAAAUUCAGAUCAAUCGAUUGAUCUUUUGUGUCCUAUGGGAGGCAUGCCAUGAAUUAUUUUGCGCCUUUAGGGAUUUUUAUGCGUCAGGGUUGCAGGACGCAGAGCUAACAAAAUCACUGCACAAGCAGCGACAGCUUUGGUUGCCAUGGCAAGUGUAUCUUCAAAGAGAAGAGCUGUAGGGCAUCUUAAUUUAAAAAUUUUUUAAGUCGUUUAUUUUACCAAAGCGUUUUUUUCCAGGUAUCUUAAUUUGUAUUGUUUAAAAUAGUGAAAAUUAAGUCCCACAAAGAUGAGUGACAAUAACGUAUUUGAUCGUCACAUUAAUUCUUACAGGGGAAUGAAAGUAAUCCUUAGCUGUGAUCCAGCCAUGCAGAAUCCAAGUCAUUACUCUCUUCUAAGAUACCAACAAAGAAUGGUCAGGUAGGUUUAUAUAUAGACUAGUUGUCGUUUAUAGUUCCUGUAUGGUGUUUUGCCAGGCCUUUUCGGUCAAAAAGCUACUUUCGAUAUAUUAAAAUUCAGCAUGAUAGCGAGUCUUAGAGGACACAAACAAAGAAAAUGAAUAAACGCGAAUAAUCAUGGUUUAUUCAUUUUCUUUGUUUGUGUCCUCUAAGACUCGCUAUCAUGCUGAAUUUUAAUAUAUCGAAAGUUGCCUAUUCACUUCGGUGACAUAUCCAAGGCAAACGGGCAGAAAACGCCUGGACAAAAACAGAAUGCGCAUGUGUGAGUUGCUUUUUGAAAAUGUCAGCGUUUCUGGAGCUCUUCAAGAUUUUGUGUUUUCAUUACAAGAAGAGAAAUUUCCUUUCCCCAAGUAACGGUGUAAUAUUUUACUUAUCAUAUAAAUGAAAGUUCCCCUGGUAUUUCAUUCGUGUCCAUAUAGUAAAUUCUGUAUAACGGCUUCUAUUGCAGAUGGACCAGGUUACGUCUUACCAUGGAACCCUUUCCGGCCAUAUUUGAACCUCUAACUGAGAGUGUUGUAAUCGGUUUGCUCGCCAGCUGGGCUAUGUCCUAUUUAUGGGAGUUCAGUGCUGCUCUUAUGUUCAUUAAACACGUCUUAGUGUGGUUUAUCUUGGAUUUUAUCUUACUCAGAUGUGUUCAGGGGGUGAGUGAGUUUUCUUUGUUAGUCGUCAGUGCUCGAAAUUAACUUUUGGGUCUAGUCUUCCGCAGGAUCAGUAGGAUUAAAAUUUUCUGGUCCAUCAGCAAAACUUCUGAUCACUCUUAUCAUUUUCAAUUUUUUUCGUUCCGAUCCACUCAGUUCGACAUACUUUGGCUCACGUUUUAAUUCACCAAAGGAAAAUAGAUACAGACCUUCAAACGAAAUUACAAAAGCCCCCAUCUUGUAUCCCACAGUGGAUUUCAAUUGUGUCAAGUAGAACCCAGACUUUCAAUCGGAAAGAGAAUGCCCAGCACUCUUUUACCUGUUCGUUUUUGAAACGUUUGCCUUUGGCAAUUCUUCGUUUGUUUCAAUGCUUUUACCACUUUUUGGUAUUACACAAAAAAAAAAUCAUGUAUUUCUCAGAGAGUGAUACCUUUACUCGUCCAGAGGACUGGUGGGAAAGAAAACUUUUCGUUGUCAGGUUUUUUUACUUGUUUUGGACGAGUGGACGACCGUAAAGUUCGAGCACUGACUGUCAUAAUGAAGAGUUGGAAGAGAGCUUAUAAGGACGCACCUCAACCGGAAGUUUUGCUUUUUCCGUUUUAAUAUGCCUUGACUCUACCAAUUUGUUUUGCGAACGGUUUUAACUGUGAUGGAGACAAUUAUUUUGCCGGUAUAUUUGGGCAAAACAUACCCGCCCAAGAUUGCGAAAAGGCCACUUCCGGUUGACCUGCACGAUGAAGAUGUUAUGAUAUUGCUAAGCAUGAUAAAUUUUCGGGCGACUUGACUAAAAAUUUUGGACGAGAUGACUUUUGGGCAACUUGACCGCAUACCUAUUCAGGGCUCGAAAAAACUUGAAUUCCAGCUUGUCUUUUGGGCAAGUAACUCUCACACUUCACUUUCCCGGGGCCACUUGUUGCUCGUCUUAGUUUAUGUUUUUGUUAGAGGAUGACUUUCCUGGAGCAAGUGAGCUUUAAAGGUUACUUGCCAAGCAAAGAGAAAAUCUACUUGUCCCCGACUACUGGACGGGAAUUUUUUCGAGUCCUGCUCGCUACGUUCGAGUUCGCUACCUACAUAUUCGUGUCGCUUCCUAUUGGCAAAGUCCAAAACUUGCACCCUCGGAGGGGCAAGCUUAAAAGAACGAGAAAUAUAAUAAAAGAUUUUUUUUCUAGAGUGAUUAAGGGAAAAUUUUCAGUUGUUCACAGAAAGUAAUAUGUAGCGAAUUUGUUGCGAACUAGGACGUAGCGAAUUCGACAAGUAGCGAAAUGGGUUGUUGCCAGUCCUGCUUAUUGGAUACCCUCCAUGUCAGCUGGCGUUUUAAAAGAAGAAUGACUGCCUAUUGGUUUUCCCUUUUUAGCCCAACAACCCUUUGCCACCUGUGUGGAAGCUCUUUUUAGCGUGGCUUUUCCGAGAGUUCUCCUGGAUAGUGUUCUUUCUCCAGGCAGCGUGUGGCCGUGAAAUUGAGUGGCGAACGUCUCAUUUUGUCCUUAAGCUUGGUGGUAAAGCUGAGAGGCUGCAAGAGAAGUCCCAGGAUCUGAAUAAUCACUGCUGCUGAUGUCAUCUCAGCACCAUAGGCAGUAAUUCAGUCUCGCCGGGAUACCUGGGAGAUAAGAGGGUGAUGUGUACUGCACAACGGAAGCUGAAGGGGUGUUUUUCGUUCCGCCAUAGUGGGGAGAUGGGUGCAAAUCGACCACAAGGCAAUAUAAAGGCACACAAGCUAACUAAUGAAAAAGGGCUUUUGUUCAAGAUAAGUUGAGAUUUUGAGACAGGGAGAUUUCCAGCUGUUUCCUUUACUUUACAGCUAGCUUAUUCAAUAGUUAACUAAUUUUGUUCGCUUUUGUGACAUGUGAUGGAGAGCGUGUUACGUAUUAGACUGUGAUUUUCCUCUGGGAUAGUAGAGCAAGCAAAAGAAGUUAAUAAGCGCGUAUGAAAAUAACGAGAUAGAACGCCACGUGGAAAGAGGAGAGAAACAAGCGACUACAGGCCAAGCCAGGGCGUUUGACUCUAGUCUUUCUUCCUUUCGCGUGUCGCCUUUUCACGCUGGUGGCCAUAUUCACGCGCGCUCGUGUGUGUCGCCCAAAUUGCACUGUCGGACUGUUUCAGACUGAUUUUGACCGAGUUCGCAGCGCAACCUCGUGUAUAUGCCAUCCAAUAAAAAAAGCACUAGCGUCCAAGAACAGUCCCGAAGUGCAGUUGGACAUUACACCGACUCAGUGACUCAGUCUUACGUUGCGGAAGCUAAGCAAGCUCCCUUGGGUAGCUAGUGUGAACGUCUUUUUUUUUACCUCGGAUUAUAGGAGUGACAGGAAAGAAGGGAAUUAAAUGCGAUUACUCUUGCUUUGAAUUGCAAAAAUGACAAAAAGUAUUACCGUUAUUUUUCAAAAAAAAAAUUACUGAAAAUUGAUAAUAUUAAAGGAGGGUAGUGCUCAGCAGCCUUCAGAUGUAUGGUUAUACUUAUACUAAGAGAUUUCAACUGAAAAUUGUACCGGACCCUUCGUCCACACGCGACGGUUUAUUAUUUUCGCUCUGUUCACACGGACAUUUGAAUGGCGAGGCGUUUAAAUUUCCGUACGGUUAAGGUGAUUCCGUGUGGACGGAAGACCUUAACGCACGAGAUUUCAACUUGUCGAGAAUUCGUUCGGUGGAGUGUCAAAGCAACCAAUUGCCUUGUGUAGAAUAAUAAACAGUACCACAGGAAAGUACUGCUCAAUAGCCCAUUUGAAUGCUCGUACCUUAAGAUUUAUUUAAGAUUUAACAUGUAUUUUAAAUGCAGAGGAAUGAUGUGAUAUUUUGUACACAUUUAUUCAAACGUGAAGUUUUACGCGGAUUUUUGCAAUUGUAUUCAUAUCUUUUUGCGAUUUCUGAUAUACAAUUUGCUCGUUAUUUUUUUCGAAGCUGGUUAAAGCUCUGCUUAGGUAUCGUACAUGUGUUAUAUUAGGGGUACUUACCAUUUUCGUGGGAAAACCGGAAAUUCUGGUUGGAAAGUCAAAUGGUUCGCGCCAUUCCGUUUGGGAAGCUUCAGAACAUAUGGGCUGUGAUUUUAGACGAUGCAAUUUUUCCACUCUUUUAAGACUAUUCAGCUGAUUUGGAUAAAUUUUGUAGCGGGUCGUUCUGGCACCACCUUAAAUUGUAAAGUUUUAUGUUUAUGCACAAGAUUUCUACCCGGGCGGUUUCUGUAAAUGGUAAGCACCCUAGGUAUUAGCGAGUUUAAGCAGCGACGUUUUUUGACGACGCAUGUCAACCGGAAGUGAGCCUUUUUCUCUUUUAAUACGCGUUGACGGUACCAAAUUUGUAUUACUAAAGGACUGUUUGAUCAAAACUUUGUUCAAAAUCAC